AUGUCGUCGGCUAAGCCCCGCAUUCUCUUCUUCAACCCCGUGAGGCACGCAGUGCCGUUUUAUAAGAAGCUCCAAGAACAUGCCCACACAGAGGUAGUGACAAGUAAAGGCAGGGAGGAGUUCUUCAAAGAUGUCACAGACAAAUAUAAAGAUAUUUUUGCCAUCUAUCGGACAUCCGCUAGCGGUGCAGUAGCCGGCAAGUUCGACGCAGAACUAAUCAAUCAUCUUCCCGAAAGCUGCAAAUAUAUUUUUCACAAUGGAGCAGGCUAUGACCCAAUCGACACGGAAGCCUGCGCCAAGCGAGGCAUCAUCGUCACCAAUGCCCCAGACCCAGUCACAGAUGCAACCGCUGACCUAGCGGUCCUCCUCCUCCUGGGUGCUCUCCGAAACCUCAACCCUGCGAUUCGCUCCCUCCGCGCAGGAACCUUCAAACAAGGCGUAGGUUUCGGCCACGACCCCCAAGGCAAGACGCUAGGUAUCCUCGGCAUGGGCCGAAUCGGUCGCGCUAUCAAACAGCGCUGCGAGCCUUUUGGUAUCAAGACCGUCUAUCAUAAUCGACGUCCUUUAUCUGCUGAGUUAUCCGCGGGGGCCGAGUAUGUCUCUUUUGAGAAGCUGCUCACUGAGAGCGAUAUCAUUAGUAUUAACGUGCCGUUGAAUGCGAAUACAAAGCACUUGAUUGGCGCAGCCGAGAUCGCAAAAAUGAAGCCCGGUGUUGUUAUUAUCAACACCGCUCGUGGUGCUAUUAUCGAUGAGGCUGCUAUGGCUGAUGCCCUGGAGACUGGGCAUAUUGGCGCUGUGGGGUUGGAUGUGUAUGAACGGGAGCCGGAGAUUAAUGAGAAGCUUGUGAAGAAUGAACGUGCGCUUUUGGUGCCGCAUAUUGGGACGCAUACGUGUGAGACGCUGGCGAAGAUGGAGGAGUGGGCGAUGGAGAAUGCGAGACGGGCCAUUGUGGGUGAGGUGUUGUUGUCGCCAGUUCCGGAGCAUUCAGGGUUGGUGAAUAGGAAUGCUUGA